AUGUUCCUGUUUCCUUCUGAUGCAUCCUCUUCACAAUGGCCAUCCGGAUUAGCCAAGGACAUAUCACCCAAAAUAUUUUCUACAGCUAAACACGACCACCAACACGAUGAACAACCCUCUCUAAAACAUGCUAUGAAUCAAAAGCUUCUAUCUCAUGCUGCUGUCAUUGACAUGAUACUAUAUCGACUUUUGAUAAGUAUUAUCUAUAUCUACAAAUAAAUCCGUUUGCUUUGGAGUACUGCUCGUACCCCAAAAAAAACGUAUUGAGCAGCUCAUUUUUUUUUAGGUAUUUCUUUUUUGUAGAAAAUUUUUCAUCCCAAAUAUAACAAACCGACCGAGCAAGAAGUAGCUAGAGAUAUAGAAUAGUAUUAUUAGAUCUGAAACCUAGAAACAUUCUAUUCUUUCCAAUAAAAAUAAAAGCGUAAACCAUUACUAGCCUAAUAAGAACGGGAAACCAAGUAAAUAAAGAACAUAUUACUGGUCCAUAAUUUUAAAGACGCCUUUUUUUGCUGCUGAUGACCAAACUUCUUAACAAUAAACUAGCUUAAAGGUCACCUUUGCGCUACUUUUAAUCUUCAUAAUAUGUCGGUGCCUGACCUUUAUGGUUCCAUAUAAAGAAUAUCAAAAUAGAUACGCAGUUUUAAAAAACUUUCUUUUUAUAUAUCAAGUCAGAUAAGUAUAUCUAAAGUGCUAACAAACCUUACCUGCGGCACCCCCCACCCACAAUUCCGCUAGUUGACUCUAGUCAUUCCACUAUCUGUGAAGGUCACCUUCAGCACAAGUGGAAAAAAAAAUCAACUAAUUUAAAUAUGGAAAUUACACUACACUAUACC